AUGGCGAGGACUUUCUCCGAACCGGCGCGACCGGUCUCGUGGCGAUUGUUUCAAUCAAGGCACUUCGAGCCCAGUUUUGCUCUGGCCGUCUCUGCGCUGAAACACGAUUUCAAUAUCUCAAACUCGUACGUGGACCGGGACGCGCCGCUUGCAAAUGGUUCCAAAGAAGCCACCACGGUUCGGCAAUAUCUUGUUGGGCACAGAGAUGUCAAACCCUUGGCUGAAGUUCAAACACACCGCACGCGUUACUCUGGAAUGACCAACACUGCCGAUGUCGCGAACUGGGCGACUCUCGAUGCUUCGAUCUCGCUUGGUUCAGCGUCGGCUUCUGCGUCAAGCGGUCACCGGACCGCUAGCCUUGCGCUUCUGGCUCCUCGACGGCCCGAUGUCAAUCCUGCCCAAUUCGAGGAGAGUCAGCUCCGAAGCUAUGCCCCAGUGCCAAAGUCCUCCGCUUCGUUUUCUCAAGAAAAGCGGCUAUCAAGCUUCAUCGUCGGCACAUACAACGACGCCCAAGGCACUGAAUCGCUCAUCAAAUCUCUGCCCAAGGAUUCACUCGCCGCGAUUUCACUAGAACCCAUGCAAAUGCUCGUUUGGAUGCGCCAGCCCAACCGUCGCAACAAGCCGGGUUACCGUGUUGAAUGGUCAAAGUUCCUAAAAUCUCUGACGAAAUUGAGUUCAGCAGCUGUUUGGAAACCCAGUAUCGAGAAGUUAUCGUUUUUAACGGAAUCUCUCUCGCCUGAUCGAAACUCCAUUUGGGAGGUGAUGGGGAAAGAGAAACUCGGAUGA